CCCGGGUUUAGCGUCUCCGGGAGUCGGCCCCGCCUUGUCCCCUUUCCAGGAGAGAGCCCUAAAGCACGAGCACGUUCAAUAGCCCAGCUCCGUCCUCUCAAGGGGCCGGUUCGCAGACCCUGCACAUGAGCUGAAUAAGGGGGGCAGGGCUUCUUACCAGAUUGCAAACUACAGCUCCCACAGUACGGACUUUAUCAAUGUCACACUCCUUGACUCAAAAAGUUCCAUGCUCUUUGUGGAAACUGGGGCGACUCAAUCAUGUAGCAAUUGCGGUACCUAAUUUGGAGAAGGCCCAGUCUUUUUACAAGAGUGUUUUAGGAGCCCAGGUGAGUGAGACGGUUCCUCUUCCUGAACAUGGCGUCUACACUGUUUUUGUGGAGCUGGGAAACACAAAGCUAGAACUGCUGCACCCUCUGGGAGAAAAAAGUCCAAUUGCAGGCUUUCUGCAAAAAAACAAGGCUGGAGGAAUGCAUCAUAUCUGCAUUGAGGUUGAUGAUAUAAAAGCAGCUAUGACAGAACUGAAGGAAAAGAAGAUCCGAAUAUUGAGCGAAGAGCCCAAAAUAGGGGCGCAUGGCAAACCAGUGAUUUUUCUCCACCCUAAAGAUUGUGAUGGAGUCCUUGUAGAACUUGAGCAAGCCUGAGCUGCAAUCCUAAAAGAUGAAACUAUGAACUAAUUGCAAACCUAAUGAGAUGGUGUUGGAAUUUGUAUUAUGCCUUGCACUGUGUAAAAGUCAUUGUACUUGAUUCUUUCUUGUUGAUUAAACACAUUACAGCUCUUAAGUUGUGAAAUGUGGGGAAAUAACACUACAUACAGGAGGAAGCUAAAGCACUGUUAACCCUCCUAGUCAUUUGGGGCUAUGACUUUUGUUUUGUUGUUCAGACCUUCAAAAAUAAUACAUUUAAAUGUGUUUGGAUUCCGUUAGACUAUGAAUUCAAACAGUAACAUGAGCUGAGGUACAGU